AUUAUGACUGUACCAAGAUCCCUCGGACGACUGAACUAUAUGCGGAUUUGGCACGAUAACUCUGGCAAAGGUAAAUUCCGGUCGUGGUUUCUUAGCUUCAUUGUGAUUCGAGACGUUCAGACCGGUCAAAAGUAUGAGUUCAUAGCGAACAAAUGGUUUGCAGUUGAAAAAGAUGACGGAGCGAUCGACAGACUUCUACCUGUUGCUGGCAAAGGAGAAGCCACUGAAUUUUCCCAUCUUUUCAAUGUCACCUCAAGAAAAAAUCUGUCCGACGGACACCUCUGGUUCUCCAUAUUCAUGCGCCCACCAAAAAGCCGUUUCACUCGCUGUCAGCGUGUGUCCUGCUGCAUUGCAUUACUUUAUCUAUCGAUGUUAGUUAAUGCAAUGUGGUAUGGUCGGACAUCUUCAAAACCAUCGGCCUCAGCUGUAAGCGUUGGACCUCUGUCUCUUAGCCCGGAACAGAUCGGAGUUGGAGUAAUGGCGAACUUGAUUGUCUUUCCUCCAACGUUUCUGAUGAUCACUCUCUUCAGGAAAUCAAAAUUACGGAAACUUCGUCCGUCUCGCGUCACGGAAGCGUUAAAAAAACAAUCUGGAAGAACUGACAACGAAGAUUCAACAAGCACUGGGUCCGUUCGACCUGGAACUUCGACAUCAACUUCCACUCUCAUUUCGGACACAACGAAACCAAGAAAGGACAACGAUCGAGAAGAUGACACGGAGAAGAAGAAGAAGAAAAAGAAGAAGUUUUUAUUUCCAUGGUGGUGUCUAUAUCUUGCGUGGUUCGUUUCUCUCUCAACCAUUGCCGUAUCCGUGUUUUUCUUGUGGGGCUACGGAGUCCAGUUUGGGGAUGAGAAGACCCGUAAAUGGGUCACUUCUCUAUUAAUCUCCUUUUUUACAUCUAUUCUUGUAACUCAACCCAUCAAAGUGUUCUUGAUGGCCAUGAUAUUUUCAACCCUCUGUAAGUCCGUAGACAAUGAUGAAGAUGAUGCAGAAGAAGACGAAGAAGCUCCAGAGCUUAAUCCUGAUGAAGAAUGGCUUUAUGCGGAAUCACCACGACGUUCAGAGAGGAAACUCUACAAACCCAUCAACGUGCAGGCGACGCAAAGAGCUAAAGAAGAGAGGCUUACGGAAAUGAAAAUGAAUGCAGUUAUUCGGGAAAUUCUUUCUUACCUACUCUUCCUCUGGAUUCUUAUUGUUUUAUCUUAUGGGAACAGGGAUCCGAACGCCUUCUAUAUGCAGGUUAACUUGAAUAACGCUUUUAUUAAGAAGGGAGACUCCUCUUUGGAUUUUACACAGGCCACUACGCCUCUUCUGUUUUGGAGAUGGGUACGAGAAGCUGUCGUUCCUGAACUGCUGGUUGGAAAGUGGUACAACGGGGGUCAACCCCUUGGACUCCGCGGUUUUUUGGAUGACAGGGUGAACCGUCUUAUGGGUUACGGUGUACUUCGGCAAGUCCGGACAAAGAACAACACGUGCAACAUUGUUCCUGUUAUGAAGGACAUAUCGGAAAGCUGCAGUGGUAUGACAAGUAUUAUUGACGAAGAUCGGAAGGAUUAUAGUCCAGGCUGGACAGAGCCACCUACCGGAAACAGCAAGGAUGAAUACCACUAUCGUUCGUCGUCCGAAUUGGAUGGAUUACCUUUUUGGGGCAAACUUGAUGUCUACAGCGGAGGGGGCUACGUCUUUCCCCUUCGAGGAACCAGGAAGCAACUGAAAGAGAUGAUAUUGAAGUUAGAAACGUCUGAUUGGGUUGACAGCAGAACCAGGGCUGUGUUUGUGGAAUUCUCUGUUUAUAACGCUCAGGUCAACCUGUUUGGAGUAGUAACCAUAGUAGCGGAGUUUUUUCCGGGAGGUGGCAUCGUUCCAUUUUAUAGGAUCGACCCGAUUCGUUUGAUGAGAUAUCACGAAGGUUUCGGCCUCUUUGUUCUCCUCUGUGAGGUCUUUUACGUGGUCUUUACCCUCUUUUUCACCGUAAGAGAAAUUAAAAAUAUCCGAAAAGAGCGCACGGCGUACUUUCAAAGUUACUGGAGUAUAAUCGAGCUCGUUAUUAUUGGAUUGUCCUACACCGCUAUUGUCUUCUACGUUUAUCGAAUGGUCAUCACACACAGGAUCUUGAAGAUUUUCACCGAAACUAAUGGUAACGGCUACGUGAAGCUUCAGUUUGUUGCUGCAGUUGAUGAGAUUUUUGGUUACAUCUCGUCUUUCUUGAUAUUCAUCGCCAUUUUGAAAUUCACCCGACUGCUCCGGUUUAACCGGAGAAUGGGAUUUUUGUACAGCACCUUAUCUCAGUGCUCCAAGGAUCUCAAAUCCUUCUGUGUCGUGUUUCUGAUCACUUAUCUAGCUUUUGUCCAAGUUUUCUACCUGAUAUUCGGCGUCUCUUUAAUCGAAUUUUCGUCCUUCGUCAACUCUGCGGAAACUUCGUUCAACAUGAUGCGCGGGAAAUUUGACUUUGAAUCCAUGUAUCUGACGGCUCCUGUUGUUGGUCCUUUAAUCUUCUUCUUCUUUGCUUUCAUUACGUCAAUCAUCUUACUGAACAUCUUCAUCACUCUUAUCAUCAGCUCAUUCCAGUCCGUAAAAGACGAUAUCGAUAAGCAAUCCAACGAUUUUGAGAUCAUCAGUUUUAUGAAAAAUAAAUUUAAGUCAAUGUUUGGAGCCGAUGGAUCGGAGCAAAACGAUCAAAUAGACCAGCCAGUCCCACAAUCUCGGGAUCAAAUUGACAGAUUUCCAGAGAAAGUCGACCGACUAUUAUACUAUAUAAAUGAUAUGUAUUUCGAAGGAACGCUGGACCUAAAGAACAAAUCGGCGCUGAAAGCCAUCUACAAAGGAUCUGGAGAAAACACCGCUGGUAUAAUACGUAGAAAUCCACACAAGCCUUUGCCUCUGAUUGACUGGAGCGAAUUAACAGAUGACCAAAAGGUACUUGACAAACUGUGAGCUGGUGGAAGAAAAAGAAAACAUUUUAAUCUACUUAGAAUUCGACUUUCCGUUUCCUUGGAGCUAGAAUUAUCCCCUCUCCUACAACACUCGUAGAUCUUAUUAUUUUGAGAUUUUGCAAUAUUACAGUUUAGUUUAAUCAUUAAAUAAUCUUUACACAAUUUUAGCAAACUUAUAGGCGCUUGUGAAUGAAAUUUAUAAACAAAUAUCAUACCAAGUUAUUUAUUUAUUGGUGUUUUGUGAUCAGGAGGAAGUACACAGUGCCCAUUUUACUGUUCUUCUCCUUCACUGAUGCUUCGUGAUUGAAAACAUUUAUGUAAAGUUCAACAGCACAGACCUUAGAAUAUCAAUAAAGCAUCUCUAAGCACGUUGUAGUGUGGUUGUGUUCCCUUUAGACAAGUAAUUCAUGUUCUUAAUAGAACAUCUAAAACCAUAAUGUAAAUUCGUUAUCUUUUUACUUAUGAGUCGUAUGCUAACUUUGAGUUUAUCUUCAAAAUAACAUUAGCACUUCAUUUACUAUGAUAUUCUAAGCCUUUUUUUUUCCUUUUUUAAUGUUUGCAAUAUUACAAAAAUAUUAUACUUCUUUACCACGUGUUUUCGGAUAAUACUACAUGGUCUUGAUCUGUUUUCUGACUACUACUACAACCUAAAUACUUUCCUUACAGAGAACACUGGUCUUGAUCUGUUUCCUGACUACUACUACA